AUGUUUGUCAUGGUCGUUGAGAAGCUGUUUAUCGUCGAUGCACAGAAGGUGCUGGGCAGCACCGAUCGCAAGACGCUUGCGGUUGGCAUCACCAAACUGCUCACGGAGCUCGACGUCUUUUUCACCAACACCAACAUGAACGCUCUGUGGGCGCCUCUACUGCCGGCUCUGGUGUCCGUCUUUGCGCUGCCUGAAGAUGAAUCGACAGAAGGUGCUGAGCACUUUGUGGAGAUUGAAAAAGCCGCCGGUUACCAGGCCAGCUACUCGCAGCCGGCUACCCACACCGGCCGAAAGCAACUGGACCCGAUGGAGGACAUUGCCGAUGCGCGAAUCUUUUUAGCCACAAGCCUGGGAAAACUCUCCGCAAAGUAUCCACUAAAGACGAUCGUCUUGUCUAUGCAAGCUGAUGCGGUCGCCUUCUUGUAA